UUUCUUCCCUCAGGAAAUGUCAUCAGUCGCUUCCGAAGGCAAACACAGAGACAGCCACAGCGUCGAUGAGAAGCAGUCGAGGAACUCCAUUCUAACUGAAUGGAUUGGUAUGGGGAGAAGCGGACCUCAAAUCACGGCUAAGCGGCAGCUUUGGGACUGUGUAACGUUGACGAUGGUUUUACUUUCGCUGCUGUUUCGACCAGCUCACUGCCAGCAGUGUCGAAUCCAGCGCUGCAAUACGGAUUACGUGGCUUCUACCUCACCCUCUAGUGGUCUUCAGGAGGAUGUGGCUCUGGAUGUGGACUACUGCAUCGCCUUGCGGGCCUACGCCUUGUGCACCCGGUGGCAGGCGCGCAGCUGCAGGGGUGACUUGGUUUACCACUCAGCUGUCUUCCGCAUUAAGGAGUUAUUCUCUCAGCAUAAUUGCUCCAGCGAUGGGCCCACAUCCUCCGCCAAGGCCCCCAGCACGUCUCGGCCGGCUGUGUCAGAGCUGUGCGACUAUGAGAAUCGGGUCCUAGUGUCGGGCUCAGCCGGUCAGCAGAAGAAAUAUGCCCACUGUGGAUUAUUCGGAGACCCGCACCUACGGACUUUCCGAGGCGAGUUUCAGACCUGUAAGGUGGAAGGGGCGUGGCCUCUGAUCGAUAACCGCUUCCUGUCGGUGCAGGUGACCAACGUGCCCGUUGUCCUUGGCUCGAGCGCCACGGCAACCAGCAAGAUCACAGUGAUCUUCAAAUCCUACCACGGCUGUACAGAUCAGAAGGUGUACCAGGCCACCACUGAGGAUCUGCCGCUGGCUUUUCAAGACGGGACUCGCAGCGGUGGUGAGAGCGGCAGCCUGACCAUCGUAGAGCGAGGCGGUUCUGGCGUGGGCCGGCAGGUGAAGAUUCAGGCCCGUUACAUCGGCACUUCCAUCAUCAUCCGGCGCGUUGGCAGCUACCUGACCUUUGCCAUCCGCAUGCCGGAGGACAACCUGGACUUCUCAGAGGACAAUGGCGGUCUGCAGCUCUGCCUGCACGGCUGCCCGCGCAACGAGCUCAUCAAAGAGCACAUGCUGGGCCGCCAGAGCCAGCAGCCCCGCCUGCAGGGCACCAACACAGAGCUGGGUCCUCUGCGGCCUCCUCACCAGGUCUACACGGUGGAGCGGGCCACUGCCAAGUGUAGAGAGACUCUGCAGGUGGAGGACGUGUACUUUCAGUCCUGUGUGUUUGACUUACUGACCACAGGAGACCCCGAAUUCUCUAUGGCAGCGUACGGCGCUCUGGAGGAUUUAAAGGCUCUGCCGCCCAGUAAACUGAAGCAGAACUCCCCGAGGACUCCUCGUCUUUACAACCAAGGGGUGUCACACACGUCGGCUGCAGCAGCAGCAAACAGCCCACUGCUCUCACUCCUACUCCUCAUUCUGCUGCUUUUGUAAAGAGAAAAAAACAAAACAAAAUUAAAUAAAUAUAAAUGAUUUUAACAAAAGAGAAACAUGGAGGCAAACAGAACAUGGAAGCAUUACCAGCUUGAGGACAGAUUGACUUUUUUUUUUUUUUUUUUUUUUUUUUUUUCAAAUUUUUGAAUGUUGUUUUCUUUUCUUUGUCAUUUGAAGGAUUUCACACUCAUAAAAGGUGACAUUUGUUCUCACUUCACAUUUUCUGUGGAUUAAUACAUGGAUCACGUCAUUUGAAGAAAAACAUAAAUACAUACAGCCGUCGUGGUUUGAGGUCAUUUUCACAUUCUCUCUGUUAAUUGGUUUGCAUCAGUGUUUUUUAAAGGUAAAACUCAGAAUUGUGUGCUGGCCUCAAUGAGUUUGUUUUUUUUUUUGUAAAUAUUUCAUUUUUACUGAGAAAAUGCACAACCUUCAAACACUCCACCAUGAAUGGAGUUGCAUAUAACUCCGUAUAUAAGCUGUUUUUGUUGUUGAUUUUUUUUGCAGAGCGAUGUGGCUUCUAGAUCCUGUAUAAUCCUGUAACAUCAAUAGCACUUACAGGUUUUAACAUCAAGUUUUGUGUAUUUAAAUGUUGUUUCUUUGUCUAUUUCAAACGUUACUUCAGAAAUCAGCAUGUUAAAUACACAGGAUCCAACAACUGUAUGUAAAAACUACCUAUCCAUAAUAUAUGAUGUGUCAGUGUGAUAUUCUCAGCAGUUCUCUUCUUCUGUGAAACACUCCUCUUCAAGCUGUUUGGCUUCCAGUUUUAAAGGAUUAAAAAAAACCCCCACAAAUCUUUAUAUAAUAAUAUAUUAAAAGAGUGUAUAUAUGUGUUUUAUAUUGUGUACAUUUGCCUGUGUAUAGAUGUUUUAACUGUAAUAUGUUUUACUUUUGUUUUGUUUCGUAGGUUAUUUUGAGACAUUGUAAGAAAAGUGAACUAAUAUGUGUUGUGUUGUAUCUGUAAUUUUCUGUAUUAAAGUGUUGGACACUCUGGA